AUGUCAGGCGCAGAUGGGCCCCUGGCAGAAAGGCUCCUGUCCACAGAGAGGGCCCUCACGGUCCUGCAUGUGAGCCUGUAUCACCCCGCGCAGGACCCGGACACCUUUGCCAAUGUCCCAGCACGGCUGCAGCAUGACACCAGCCCGCUGCUGGUGGGGCGCGGCCCGGAUGCCCACCUCCGGCUACAGCUCCCCCGCCUCUCCCGCCGACACUUGUCGCUGGAGCCCUACCGGGAGAAGGGCAACGCUCUGCUGACCUUCUGCCUGAAGGCCCUGAGCCGCAAGGGCUGUGUGUGGGUCAACGGGCUGACUCUGAGGUUCCUGGAGCAGGUUCCCCUGAGCAUGGUCAACAGGGUCGCCUUCUCCGGCAUCCAGAUGGUAGUCCGCGUAGAGGGAGGCACCUCCCUGGAGGCUUUUGUCUGCUGCUUCCAUCUCAGCCCCUCGCCCCUGAUUCACAGGCCCCAGGCUGAGGAGACUGAUGAAUGGGAGAGCACCUCCCAGGAGCAGCUUCCCCCAAGUUCAGGGCACUGGGCUCCAGGUCACCUGGGGCUUCUCCAUGGCCGUUCCCUGCCAAGCCCUGGAGGAGGAGCAGAAACACAGCUCUAGAAGGAGACCUCAGACAGCACUAGCCCCACCGGCUGCCCAGAGCAAGCCUCACCCGUAAGAGGACUUGAACUCUUGGAGCGAC